AUGGCCAACCAACAAGAGCUCAUUGACGAUGUCAUCUACUGUGCACGUUAUGGAGAACUUGAGGAACUCAAGGAAACCAAGCCUAGUCCCGAACUACUUGUUAAAGGAGACGAAUCUGGAAACACUGCUCUUCACAUGGCCAGUGCCAACAACCACGUCCAGAUUGUUGCUUGGAUUCUUGACCAAUUACUUCUAACCGGCACCCCUUUGGCCCCUUUGGUAAAUGUCCGCAAUAAGGAGGGAAAUACACCUCUUCACUGGGCUGCUUUGAACGGUCACACUGAGAUUGUUGAGUUGUUGGUUAAAGCUGGUGCUGAUUGCAAGACCAAGAAUGAGGCUGGAAAGACACCUAUUUACGAGGCCCAACAGCACAACCAUGAAAAGGUUGCCGAGUUCUUCUUACUGACAAUGAUGGAAGAGGAGCCCGAAGAGCCUAUGGAUGAGGAUGAAGAAUGCGUCGAGACAGGAGUUCCAGAACAGGGAGCAUAAAAAAAACAACGCCAUAUACUUCUUUCUAUUUCUGUUUUUGUAAUCUUCUAAACAUUCCCUUUCCACAUUCAUACUGAAAACAACCAUCAGCCCCCCAAAAUGCAUUUUAUAUAACC